AUGUCGAACCCCACAGGCCGACCCAGCAACAUUGCUUUCGGUAUCACUGACGCUAAAGAAGACAAGAUCAUCGCCCUCCACGAUGCAGCUCUGGCUGCACUAAAGAGUCUGGACAGUUAUCUCGACACUGAGACGUUCGAUGCCCAACAAGAAAACUUUCGUUUCUUGACUUUGGCACAAAGAGCGACAUAUCGAAGCCGUGUGGUAGAACUGUCUGAGUACGCUGAUGGAAUGGUGAAACGACUUGUUGACGUGGAUGAUUGUCUGUUCAUUGUGUAA